AUGACUUUUGAAAAACUCGGUGUAUGUCCUGAAAUUAUCGAAUUGCUUCAGGACAAGGGAAUUACGGUUCCUACUGAAGUUCAAACAGGUUGCAUUCCAAUAAUUUUAGAAGGAAAUGAUGUGGUUGCAUGUGCAAAAACUGGUUCUGGGAAGACAGCAGCAUUUCUAAUUCCUAUCCUUCAGUCGUUGAUGACUGAGUUAAGACCGCUGUAUGCCCUGAUAAUCACUCCUACAAGAGAGUUGGCACAUCAAAUAGGAGAACAAGCAGCAGGUUUGAAUUUAAUUCAGGGUGAACCUUUGUGUAGUGUGUUGGUGAUAACUGGUGGAAGAAGUAUAGUGCACCAAGGUAUUGAUUUGGCUCGUUCCCCACACAUUAUUGUUGCUACCCCUGGUCGAUUAGCUGAUCUUCUCCGCACUCAGAUAGCUGCACAAGAAGCUGACAGUACCAAUAACCCUGAGUGGACAUUAUCCCGAACCAAAGUAGUGGUUUUGGAUGAAGCUGAUCGAUUGUUAGAGGACAAUUUUGGUAAAGAUCUAGGUCUCAUAAUGAAAGCACUCCCCAAGCGUCGACAAACUCUACUUUUCAGUGCUACUUUUAGCGAUGCAGUGAAAUCUUCUUUAGAAGCUGCAAAAUCAGCGGCUACUGCGGAAAGUCGACGUCCACCGAUCUUAUGGCAACCUGAGAGCAUGACUUCAUCUUCUGGUGCUACAACCGUCGACACUUUAAGUCAAUAUUAUAUUUUAAUGCGUCCCGAACACAAAGAGGCAUUUCUAGUUCAUACUGUUGAUCGGUUUCUUUCUGAAAACCCUCAUUCGCUUAUUAUGAUAUUUACAAAUAAAUGUAAAUGGUGUCACCUUAUCGGACUCAUGAUGAACAGCUUAGGCAUGAAAACAACUCUUCUCCACUCUGCUAUGACUCAAAAGAAUCGCAUAUCUUCAUUGACUCUUUUCCGCUCCAGUCAAAUUCGUGUGCUAAUCGCAACAGAUCUCGCUAGUCGGGGACUCGACUUUCCAACAGUUGAUAUUGUAAUUAAUCACAAUGUUCCUAUUAGACCUAAAGAUUACGUUCAUCGGGUUGGACGAACUGCUCGAGCUGGAAAAGCUGGUAUAGCAUUGACUUUAUGUGAUCUUUUUGAAAUAAAACGUUUAAAGGCUAUUCAGACAUUCAUCGGUAAAGAGUUGAAAACUUUUGAAGUAAAUGAAAAGAAAGUGGGUCAAAUUAUAGCUGAAGUAUCAAUUGCUCGUCGUGAUGCAGAACGAAAAUUGGAUGAGAUACGAUUUGAUGAAAAACGUGAAAUCAAUAAGGCGAAAAAUUUGUUAAAGUCUAGAGGAUCAAGAAAAAUGAAUGAAACUGAAAAUGUACCUAAUGAAUGA